UGGAAGUGAAGGUGGAAAGAUUGCGGCUCCGGAGCUGCAGAGGCGGUGAGGGCGGAGGCAUGAGGAGAGUUGCGUGGCUUCAGUGAGCAGACCGGGAUGUGCCUGCCGGGGGCUGUAGGCAGGCUGAUGGGGGAGGGAAAGAGCAGCCUGUGAAACGGGGUGACGGCGGCGACCAGCCCGGGCGGGGACCGGGACUGGAAGAGGCGCCUGAGCAGCCGGCUGGUCCGGCGGCUGGGCUGGGGUUGGGGACGGGGACUUGAGAGACGAACGUCCAGCUGAGCCUGCCAGCGCAGGAAGGCCGAGGAGAAGGGUCGUGUUUUGCCGUUGGGAAAGAGACGAGGGCGAAGGAAGGAUUGGAGGAAGCUGGAUCUUAGGAAGUGGCCGGAAGUGCUGAGAAGCUGGUAACAGGCGUCGGUACGAGGAACCGAAAGGAUCAGGAAGAAAGAAGGGAGGUCUGUGUAAGUAGCCGAAAAGGUCGAGUGACAAGAAAGAGGGCCGGUGUAAGUGAAGGAAAAGUGAGGUGUGGCUAUAUCAGAGGGAAGUAGGAGAAGACGGUCAGUGCAAGUGGGUUGAGGACCGAGGGAAAAGCCGUGGAAGUGGCUGGGGUCCGGGGCCGGAACAGUGCCAGACUUGGCCGGAAGGCAGCGGAGCGGAGCGCAAACCUGAGAGUGUUUGGAAAUUGGAAGACUUGGUGGCGAACGAGGGUCAGAACUGAGAUCCUGCCUCGGAGAGUGAGCGACGUGUCCGGGAUGUGGGAUCGGAGGCUGGUGAGGUUGGCCUUGUUGCAGCAGCUUCGGGCCGUCUAUGGCAUUAAGGUCAAGAGUGGCCGUGGGCAGUGCGAUCGUAGGAGACAUGAAACAGCGGCCACGGAUACAGCGGGUAAAAUAUUUGGAGUACCUUUUAAUGUAUUGCCCCAUUCUGUCGUACCAGAAUAUGGACAUAUUCCAAGUUUUCUUGUUGAUGCUUGCACAUCUUUAGAAGAGCAUAUUCACACAGAAGGGCUUUUUAGGAAAUCAGGAUCUGUUGUUCGUCUGAGAGCCCUAAAGAAUAAACUGGAUCAUGGUGAAAGUUGCCUGGCUUCUGCACCACCUUGUGAUGUUGCAGGACUUCUUAAGCAGUUUUUCAGGGAAUUGCCGGAGCCCAUUCUUCCAGUUGAUUUGCAUGAAGCACUUUUCAAAGCUCAACAGUUAGGAACAGAGGAGAAGAAUAAAGCUACAUUACUGCUCUCCUGUCUCAUGACUGACCACACAACCGAUGUAUUAAGAUACUUCUUUAACUUUCUCAAGAGUGUUUCCCUUAGGUCUAGUGAGAAUAAGAUGGAUAGCAGCAAUCUCGCAGUAAUAUUUGCACCAAACCUUCUUCAGACAAGUGAAGGACAUGAGAAGAUGUCUGCUAACACAGAAAAAAAGCUCCGAAUACAGGCUGCAGUGGUACAGACCCUUAUUGACCAUGCAUCAGAUAUUGGGCAUGUUCCAGAUUUUAUCCAGGAAAAGAUACCAGCCAUGUUGGGUAUUGAUGGUCUCUGUGCUACUCCAUCAUUAGAAGGUUUUGAAGAAGGUGAAUGUGAAACUCCUGGUGACUAUAAGAGAAAGCCAAGACAAAGUGUAGGAGAUUUUGUUAGUGGAGCAUUAAAUAAACUUAAAUCUAACAGAACACCCUCUAUUACGCCUCAACAGGAAAGAACUGCUCAGCUACCCAUAUCACCCAUGAAUCUUACACCAAAUGCUAAGCGUAAACUACCAAUAGAGUCUUCUCAUGGUUUCUCAAGUAAGAAAAGGAAGUCCAUCAAGCACAAUUUUAACUUGGAGUUGUUGCCAACUAAUCUCUUCAACAAUUCUACACCAGCAUCAGUUCACAUUGAUACAAGCCCCGAAGGGUCAGCUCAGAGUUCAUUCUCUCCUGUAGCCAUCAGUGGAAACGAUUCGAUCAGUACAAGUGUGCUAAGGCGAAGUAAGAGGAUUGCAAGUAAAAAAAUUUGCAGGGUGGAAUCGGGAAAAGCAGGCUGCUUCUCUCCUAAGAUUAGUCGUAAAGAAAAGGUCCGAAGAUCUCUUCGUUUGAAAUUUAGUCUGGGGAAAAGUAGCAAAGACCCAAAUGGGUGUCCUGGUGUCGAUAGAUACGAAAAUGUCGGUCGACGACUUGCAAAUCAACAAAGUUUAAAAAAUAGGAUUGAAUCUGUAAAAACAGGUCUCCUUUUUAGCCCAGAUAUUGAUGAAAGAUUAACAAAGAAAGGUUCAAAAAAGAUCAGUAAGUCUGAGGAGAACUUAUUAACCCCAGAACGUCUAGAUGGAACAAGUUACCGGAUGUCUUGGACAGGACCUACUAAUUCCGGUUUUCAAGAAAUGGUGACAAAUGAAGUUUCUCCAAUCAAGGGAAAUCUUGAGGUGGAAAGCUCUUCUUCGGAGCCUGAUACUUCAGUUGAAAAGUUACCUGUUAGUUCAUAUGAACGCACCCUUUCUAAUGUACAGGAUAAGCAUAACAACAGUGUAACUGGAAGCUCUCUUAGUGGGGAUGAAAAUCACUUGACCACAGAGACUCUGGUGAAAAUUCAGAAAGCAUUUUCCGAAUCUGGAAGUAAUCUUCAUGUAUUGAUAAAUCACAGCCAGUCAUCAGUAACUAAUGUGGGGAAAGUAAAACUAAAUGAAACAUCUUCUAUAGAAUACAGUCCAGAGAAAAAUCUGUUUGAGACUAAUGAUUUGACUGUGAUAGAAUCAAAUGAACAUCAAACUGGUAAAGAAGAACAUAGUUUUCCAGAACAAGACAUCUCACUCCAUCAAACUCAAAAUUUGGAUAGAGAAGCAACUGUAAAAUGUUAUUCAACUCAUGUGAAGAUUGAACAUGAAGAAAGCAUUUGUUCAAAUAUACCUAAAGACUAUUCAGUUAAGCAAGAGUUGCCUAGUGAUGAACACGUAAAGGAACAGCAGUCUCUGGGGGAUAAAGUAAAUCCUGAAUUAAGGGAGAGCGAGAAUAUGAUCGAAGAGAACUUGGCGAAGCAUGCAGCUAGCACUUCUUCCUCAGAGCCCAUCACGUGUAACAUAACAAACUUGUCCAAAUGCAGGCCUGUGAGAAUUGUUAAGCAGCAGUCGCUGGUGGAAACCUGCAGCACUACGGUUUCUGAAAGCUUACAAAUGACAGAGCGUGGUAAUGUGUCAGACCACAUACAGUGGUUUAACAAGCUUUCUUUAAAUGAACCAAAUAGAACAAAGGCAAAGUCACCUCUUAAGUUUCAGCGUACACCUGUUCGUCAGUCUGUCAGAAGGAUUAACUCCUUGUUGGAGUAUAGCAGACAACCUGUACGGCACAAAUUGGCGAGUCUUGGUGAUGCUGCUUCUCCUCUGGUGAAGUCAGUGAGCUGUGACAGUGCUCUUUCCUCUGGUAUGGAAAGUACAUCAAAAGAUUCCUUGAUUUCAUAUACCAAAUCAGGUCCUAAAGAACAGAAGUUUACGGGGUGUGGACAGUCCAAUGUUGAUACAGUUUUGAAAUCAAGCAUGGAGUUAACUUCUCAAUCUUUCUCAAAGACCAAGAGGCCCCCAGACUCCACGAAUGCUUCUCUUGGGUCUACCAGAGUUUGUAAACAGGAAGUGGUGUCCAGAGGCCAAAUUAAGGUUCCCUUGGAUGACCUGACAAAUCAUGACAUAUUAAAAUCUGUUGUAAAUAAUAAUGCGGGCUUUUCUCCUGGGAUAAAUAGCAGAGUCCUUAGGAAACCAUCAGAAAAAGAAAGGGUCUGGUAUAAAGGUUCUCCAAAAAAUCCCAUCGGAAAAGCUCAGUUACUACCAACGAGUAAACCUGUAGACUUGUAAUUGGUAGAUGUUAAUACUUGUUAAUGUAAAUAAAAUUAGCUGUUGGUGAUAGGACUUGCAGGAUAAUCUGCAUGUUGGUUUGUUAGCUCAGGAAGGUUAAGUGAUAGAUUUUAAUUUCAGUGCACAAGCAACUUGAAUUCUUACGCUUGUAUAAAUGACUUGUUUUUCUUAAUUAUGGCAGUAUUUAAAUUUUGUAAUUGUAUUGUGAUCUCUUCAAGCAGAGGUUACAUUUUACCUUUUGAAAGAAGUUGUUGGCUGGGUUUAUGAGAAAUUAAUUCUUGAAAAUUGUAUGAAUUUUAUUUUUAAGUGUGAUAGGAAGAGUGAACGAGUUGUGACUAUUUCCUGUUAUUCCUCCUGAGUCAGAGAAGGUUUCUACAAGAAAUUUCUAACCCGUAAAGGGAAGAGAUAAGCCCUACAGAUCUUACUUCUUGAAUUACGUUGAUAUUUAUGGUUUAUGCCAGAAUCCCUAGAAAUUAACUUGCUUCAAUAGCAACUUAAUCUUUUAUUCCAAUUUGGGGCAGAAUAAUUGGGUUUAUAUGGUCUGUAGAUGUGUACAGCCGGUUCCCUUGCACAAAGAAUAAUGGCUAAAGCAGAAUAAGGACUCAAGUGUGCUCUUAGAGAAUGAUGCUGCAGAAAUAUUCGAUGACUUUUGAGCCAUACUAUGUUUUAUAGUUAAUUUGCACAAAUAUAUUUGUAGCUGUUUUGUCCAAUAUAGGAUUUAAAAUUAUUUAAGGAGGAAUAAUUAAGCUUGGAAGUUUUUAAUCAAAGUGAUUUCUUACAUUCACAUACUUGAUUUUAUAAUUUAAAAUAGGUGAUGUGCCUCUGUACAUUUAACUUGGAUUCUUAACUUUUGAUUCUUAUAAAAGCCUAUGAUGGUUUUGUCUGGUGUGUAAAUGUUAUUUAUUUAGCAUAGACAUUAAAGGUAACCUUCUGGAAAA